AUGGCCUCCCCCUCCCCUCCGCCGCCGCCCGCCGGCGACCAGCGGCCCCACCACCCCCUCCUCGCCGCGGCCGCGGCCGCCUCCCUGCUCGCCGUCCUCUACCUCCCGCGCCCACUCCUGCAGCUGCUCCUCUCCCCCGCCCCGCUCUCCUCCGUCCUCCUCCUCGUCUACCUGCUCCGCCUCGGCUCCCCGCCACCUGCCGCGACCCUAGCUCCUCCUCCUUCCCCGCCGCAGGAGAGAGCCCAGGAGGUCGCCCCGCCUCCGCCUCCGCCUCCCCCGCCGCCGCCGGUGAAGCCCCAGAGCGUGUUCCUGGAGCCCGAGUUCGCGUCGUGGGCGCCCAAGGGCCGCGCCCUGGAGGUGAUCCACGAGGAGUUCGAGGCGGAGUGGGGGCCGGAGGAGAUGGGCCUGCCCUGGACGUCGGACUCCGACUCGGACAGCUGCAGCGGCAGCGACGACUACGACGACGGCGGCAGCGGCGGCGGGGAGGAGUACGGGAUGAUCGAGAUCGAGCUGGAGGAGGACAACCUCAUCGAGAUCGACAUCUCGAGCUGCCGGUGA